UCAUUAAAAAAGAAAAAGGGGGUGGAAAGGGGGGGGGGGGGCAACCCAAGCCCUGAGCCGGGCUGGAAACUUCAGCGACAGGAAGGAAGCGAAGUGGGUUAUUUCAGGCUCGUGUUUGCUCCUCGGGGCAAGACUUGCCUCUUCCGCGCGCCGAGAGCAGCCCCUCCGCGAACAAUGGGGUCGCGGGGCCCUUCCCGGCAGGAAAACGGCUCGUUCCGGUGAAAAUCUCCCUGUUGGUGCUGAGUCAGCAGGUCCCAGUGUGGUGCAGAGGGUGCCCCGUGAACCGUCCCGGUGCUGAGCAGGAGCCAACGGGAGAGAUGGACACCUUCAGCACCAAGAACCUGGCCCUGCAGGCCCAGAAGAAGCUCCUGAGCAAGAUGGCCACCAAAACCAUCGCCAACGUCUUCAUCGACGACACCAGCAGCGAGAUCCUGGACGAGCUGUACCGGGCCACCAAGGAGUACACCCACAACCGCAAGGAGGCCCAGAAGAUCAUCAAGAACCUCAUCAAGAUCGUGAUGAAGCUGGGCGUGCUGUACCGCAACGGGCAGUUCAGCCCCGAGGAGCUGCUGGUGAUGGAGCGGUUCCGCAAGAAGGUCCACACCUUGGCCAUGACGGCCGUCAGCUUCCACCAGAUAGACUUCACCUUCGACCGCAGGGUCAUGUCGGGGGUGCUCCUGGAGUGCCGGGACCUGCUGCACCAGGCCGUGAACGGGCACCUGACGGCCAAGUCCCACUCCCGCAUCAACCACGUCUUCAACCACUUUGCGGACUACGAGUUCCUGUCGGCGCUCUACGGGCCCUCCGAGCCCUACCGCACCCACCUGCAGAGGAUCUGCGAGGGGGUCAACAAGAUGCUGGAGGAGGACAACAUCUGAAGGCUCUUGGCAGCCGGGCUCUGCCUCCUGGGAGGGUGGAGUGGGGCUGUUUGCCUGCUCUGAGCACGGCCAGGCUCGACGGCCCCCCCUCCUCCUCUGCAGGGCUCGCUCGUUUUCCCCUCGUUUCUACAGGAGACUGAACACCUUGACUUUUGCCCACCCCUUGCCCAGGGGCUUCAAAGCCCUCCCUGCGCUGGGCUGAGUCCUCUCCAGGGGAUCCUGGGAUUUUGGGCUCCUGCUGUACAGUUUGAUUUCCUUUGCCCACCAAGUGUCCUUAGCUCAGAGUCCGAGGAGGACUCUGAGCCUUGAACUCUGUCGUAACCCUCUGGGGGGAAAACCAAAGCAAAGCCUGGUGGUGUGGAACACCUCUGAAAGGGGUGUCUGAGCAGGUGGGAUGUUGCUGGCUGUGAGACCCCCUUCCUGGAGGGUUGUGGGGCUCCGUGGUUUUCCUUCAGCAGCUCCAUAACACUGUGGGAGCAAAUCAUGGUCCAGAGUGUUGCUGCCCAGGAUGGGAAGGUGUGGGCUUUGCUCUCCUCAAAGACAAGUCCCUGAGAGGAUGAGGAUCCCACCUCACCUGGACAAGGGAGCUGCUCCUUCCCUGCAUCCCAGGUACCAUCCAAGCCCCAGCUCCCCACCAGCUCCCCAUGACUGUCACGGCUCUGACGCCGCCCUCGGUGGUUCUCCAAAGUUCUCCGUGGGAUUUCAUCCAUUUUCCACGUUGUCUGAGUGAUGGUUGUUCUUUUUUUUAGCAAACUCUGUAGCCCUGAUGAGUUAUUUAAAUAAACUCACCUGUUUGGCCUGGGA